GUUUUGUACGCCUGUCCGCAAAUCCGUCAACUUUCCAACAUCGACCCUCCGAGCAGCAACCGCCACGAUGUUGAUUCCCAAGGCCGACCGCAAGAAGAUUCACGAGUACCUCUUCCGCGAGGGUGUCCUCGUCGCGCAGAAGGACUUCAACCUCCCCAAGCACCCCGAUAUUGACACCAAGAACCUGUUCGUCAUCAAGGCUGCUCAGUCCCUCACUUCCCGCGGCUAUGUCAAGACUCAGUUUUCUUGGCAAUAUUACUACUACACCCUGACCCCCGAGGGUCUCGACUACCUCCGGGAAUGGCUUCACCUGCCUGCCGAGAUCGUUCCUGCUACCCACAUCAAGCAGCAGCGAUCACACGCUCCUCCCCGUGGCAUGCUCGGCGAGGGCGAGCGUGAGCGACGACCUUUCGGCCGUGGACGUGGCGGCGACCGUGGUGACCGUGAGGGUGGAUACCGAAGAAGGGAUGCUGGUGAGGGCAAGGAGGGUGGUGCUCCCGGCGAGUUUGCUCCUCAAUUCCGUGGUGGAUCCUCGGAAAUCAUUUGCAUCAGGGUCAAUGUUUGCCAU